AUGUUCUGGCGGUUUGGCGGUUACGCCAAUGUCUCGACUAUCGAUACCAUCCUCGAGAAGGACAACUUCCAGCUCGAAGAACUGCUCGAUGAGACCGACCUAAUUCAGGAACUUAAGCAGCAUAAUGCCAAGUUGAUUGAGUACCUCCGAGAGCCCAAGGUGCUAGAGAAGCUCCUGCAGUAUGUUGUAGCUCCAAAGCUCGAGCCCGUCGCCUCGCAGGACGACAACGACGAGACCGAAGAUGAGGACGAAAUCAAGGGCAAGGGCCUCUCGCUCUCAUUCAACUCAUCUACCUCGACCUGCGACGAUGCUGAGAAGAAGCGUAAUCGCUAUGCUUUUGUUGCCGCCGAGAUCUUGUCAGCCGACGUCUGGUCACUCUAUGAGGCCCUUCUGGAAAGCAGGGACCUGCUCGUCAACUUUUGGCAGUUCCUGACGAGGCCAUCGCCGCUUGAUCCACUGCAGGCGAGCUACUUCACCAAAGUCAACGAGUCCCUCUUCGACAAGAAGACAGCGGAGAUGAUCGAUCUGUUAAAGUCGAUGGAUGGCGCUGUGGCCAACCUCCUUCGACAUGUGGACUGCCCCAUGAUCAUGGACCUGUUGCUUAAGAUCAUCAGCCUCGAAAGAAAUGAGGCAGGCCAGGGAAUUGUCGAAUGGUUAUACAGCCAAGAUCUCAUGCCAACCCUGAUCUCAUUUCUUGGGCCUGAACAUCCCUGGUCGACUCAAACUUCUGCUGCCGACUUUAUCAAAGCCAUUAUUACUGUGUCGGCCAAUGCGUCUCAGAACGAGCAGGCUUGCAUCGGUCCCAAUGAGCUCACGCGCCAACUCGUAUCCAGACCAUGUGUCGAGCAGCUCAUCAAGUAUAUGCUCGGUGGCGGUAACCCGCUAACUUGUGGUGUUGGCAUCGUUAUCGAAGUUAUCAGGAAGAACAACUCGGAUUAUGAUCCCGAGGGCGUCGAUAUUCAUGCACCUCCCACGAGCAAGGACCCCAUCUACCUAGGCACUCUGCUUCGCCUUUUCGCCGAGCAUAUCCCUGAUUUUAUGAACCUCAUAAUGACCGCCCCUGCCCAAGAGCAUCGCCUCAACUCUACCUUUGGCGAUCGCAUCGAGCCCCUCGGCUUUGACAGGUUCAAGACAUGCGAGCUCAUGGCCGAACUUUUACACUGCAGCAACAUGGUGCUGCUUAAUGAGCCUGGCUCUGAGGAGUUUAUUGCCGCCCGAGAUGCCGAACGGCACAGGCUACGGGCCGAGGGCAAGUUGAUGCCUACUCCUGGAGCAGCUGGCCCUAUGCGGAGAGAGAAUCUGUCCUUGCAGGCGUCACAGCUGUCGGCUGCAGACGAGAACCGCAAGCUGGAGGUCACGAACAGCUCGGUUGAGGACGAUGGAUUCGAGGAGGUGUCUCAUGCUGCCGAGGAGGAGAUCACCCACGGUGUUUUGGAGUUGCCUGAUGCGCCGCUGCCUACGGGGUCGAGUUUGCUCGAUAAGGACGACGACGACUUUGUUGAUGAACCUCUAAGCUCGCCGAGGCUUAAAUAUAGCGAGCCUGUUAGGUCGGACGACCAGUCACCAUUUGAGGAUCCUGAUUUGGUGGUUCCCCCGCUUUCGCCAAAGAAGCAGACCGAGCAGGACAGCUCCUCUGGCAAGACGCCUGGGCCAUCAGGGACGAAGGAGGAAGAAAAGGAACGACCUACAACCAUGGUCGAACCUAGUCCCGCCAAGCCGGUCGAAGAGAAACCUCCGCCCAAGACAGAAGAGAUAGCAAAGGAGGAUACUCCGUCCCAACCAAGUGAAACGGCCGCAGAGACGACAGCUGCCAGCCAGACAGCUUCAGAGGGUGACUCCACACUUGAGCAGUCCCGAGACACCAUCGACGAGUCAGUCAAUACUUCGAUUGUCAUCGCAAAUAUUACUGAGGCGCCGAAUCCCGUCGAGACUACACCCCCUCCGGCCAAGCCAGUUGUCGGUGACUUCCUCAAGAUGCAGCUCGUCAAGUACAAUGUUGUCCCUACUAUCCUCAGCUUCUUUUUCAAGUACCCGUGGAACAACUUCUUGCACAAUGUGGUUUACGACAUUGUGCAGCAAGUUUUCAACGGCCCCAUGGACCGUGGCUACAAUCCGACCCUUGCUACCAGCCUUUUUGAGCAGGCGGACAUCACAACACAAAUCAUCAAUGGGCAGAAGGCCAGCGAGAAAUCUGAAGCCGAGAUCAAGACUCGCCAAGGCUACAUGGGCCAUCUGACCCUCAUUGCAGAAGAAGUGGUCAAGUUCACAGAGCGUCACCCGCCGGAGCUGCUCAGCGAGACUGUGCUCAACAAGGUUAUGGCGCCUGAAUGGGUUCAGUACGUUGAGGGCCCACUUGCUGAGACCCGUGAACGCGACAAUGCCAUCCUGGGCGGCGUCCGGCCUGAAGCCGUGAUGGCUCGUGGCAGUGCUAGCCUGAUGGGUUUUGCCGGCCUGAGCUCAAUCGGUCUAAGUGCAAGCGCCUCGAAUGCCCUUGCCGAGGCUGGCUUGAAUGGCGGCCUGGACUCGGGUGAAGGGUCUGGUAGUCUUGGUGCCUUCUCCAUCAGCGCCGGGACUCUCAUGAGCGGAUUCGGAAGCAGUAGUGAUGAAGACGACGACGAAGAGCAGGAAACUGAGGAGGAUGUCAACAACGAGGCACGCAGCCUUACUGCGCUGGAUGAGGCCGUGAGAAAUGGGAAUGGGUUUGGCGCUAUUGGCGAUGGCAGACCACAUGUACAUGCUUCGUGGUCGUAUGCUGAGGCGCCGCACAGUACCGAGGGGGAUGAUGUGAUGGAUCUAGAUGAGGCAGUGCCGGCAUUGGAGGACUUCCAGAGAGAUGGCACCGUUCAGAGUGGUGCUUCUGCGGCUGCUGACGAUCUCGGCUUCGAUUUUGUCGAGCCGUGGGACGCGUCCAGGCUGUGCUCUUACAGCGUUGAGCUCCUGGCCAAGGGCUGGUUCCGGGCCUACACCAACUCCCUCAACAGCGACAACAGCAACUCUCUUAACCCUCCCUCUAUUCCCCCGCCCCCUCCCCCUCCCCCGCCACUCAACAUCCCUCCGUCUCGUGCGCGCUUACAGCUAGCUGCCCGUCUUGCUAUGAACAAGCGCAAUGCCGAGGCGGCUGCUCAAGCCAACGAAGCUCAGUCCACAACCAAUGGUGAUCCAGACAGCAGCCUGCUCCACGAAGAUGACGAUGACGACCCUGGCUUUGGCCUGCCUAGCAGCGAAAGGAUUUCUAACCCAUUUGAGGAUUAUGAAGAGGAAGACGAAGACGAGGAAGAUGUGGAGGAUAAUUCCAGUGAUGAUGGCGAUCCCUCCGCCGCAGCUGCCGGAAACAACAAUGUGAGCAGCAGCUCUGGUCUUGGCUGGAACCGUGGGUCGUGGUGGCGUAACGUUGUCCGUCGUGGUGCCAGAAGGUUCGAAGCUGAUGAUGAUGACGACGAUGAUGGCUUGGGGCUGGGUCGGGUCGAGAAGUUUGGUGAUGGCCGAGAUGACUCGUCCAGUAGUGAUGACGAUGCUCGUCCUUCGGGCGGCGGUUUCGGCACUAGUGGAGGAUUUGAUGAUGCCUUUGAGGAUGAGGAGUUUGGCGACUUUGCCAUGCCGGAGGUUGAUGCGGCUACAAAGGCAGCUGCUGGCUCAGGCUCUGCAAGUGGUGCCACUGCCGCCGGCGGGACGAUAGGCUCGGGAACGGGAUUCUCUGGGAUUGAUCCCGAGAGAGAAACUAUCCUUGUUAAACCGACACCUGUUCAUGCGAAGUCAGGGAUUGGCCCGUUCAGCAGCUUCUGGCCCUUCUCCACUCCGAAGUUUGGUCUCGGUGAGGAUAAGGAAAAGGAAAAGGAGGCAACUCCGGCGUUUGAGAAGGAGGGUGCAACUUCGGCUGAAGAAGCUCACACCGGUACAACGGCCGUCACAUUCCCCUCAACCACUACCACGGUGACAAAGUCUGCUACACCAUCCUCGACAGGUACGCUAGCUGAUGAACCAGUCGAAUUGGCCAAAGAAGAGGCUGAGCCGGAGCCAGGCACGGAUGCUGAGGUGGUCGAGGUCGAACUAGUGUUGGAUGAUCGCGACCGGAUUCCGAUAGCAGCCACUAUCCCUGCGCCUUCGACUGCUGAUGUCAGCAAGGAGCAGAAAGAAGAGAGGAUGGUAUUUUCACAUCAUCGGAAGAAGGAUAGUGUUGAUGGUGAUGGCGAAGGCGAGGAGAUCAUCAUUCACCCGCCUGUUGGCGAGGGUCUGCGUUGA